AAUAACAUAUACAUAUACUUACAUACAAUAAAACGAAUGAAACAUUCCAUACGAUUUUACGUAUUUGUGAAGUAAUUGAAAAAAAAUAAUCCAUUUAUUAUGGGUUUUGACGAUGUUAUUACACAUUUAGGUGAAUUUGGUCGCUAUCAAAAGCGUAUUUAUGUUUUAGUGUGUUUACCGGCAAUUUCUUGUGCAUUUCAUAAAUUAGCUGGAGUAUUUUUAUUAGCAAAACCCGAACAUAGAUGUCUUUUACCAUUUGAAAAUGAUACUAAAACAAUUGAAUAUGAAUUACCAACAUCAUUAUUAAAUACUUCAUAUCCGUAUGAUAAUUUACUUGGUAAAUAUUCACAAUGUGAAUAUUUUUGGAAUGAAAGUACAAUACAUUGCUCAAAAUGGGUUUAUGAUAAAUAUAAGAAUAGUGCCGUUACAGAAUGGGAUAUGGUAUGUUCACGUUCAUGGUUAACGGCAACAUCCGAUUCAUUAUUUAUGCUUGGUGUAUUAUUAGGUAGUAUUAUAUUUGGUCAAUUGAGUGAUAAAUAUGGAAGAAAACCAAUUUUCUUUGCAUCAUUAGUAAUGCAAUUAGUUUUUGGUAUAUUAGCUGGAAUAGCACCUGAGUAUAUUACAUAUACAAUAUCAAGAGUAUUUAUUGGUGCAACAACAGCAGGAGUCUUCUUAGUUGCAUAUGUAAUAGCAAUGGAAAUGGUAGGUCCAAGUUAUCGAUUACUUGCUGGUGUUCUUUAUAUGACAUUUUUUUCAUUUGGUUUUAUGUUAUUAGCUGGUUUUGCAUACUUAAUAUAUGAUUGGAGACAAUUACAAAUUGCACUAACAUUACCUGGAGCAAUUUUUUUGUGUUAUUAUUGGUUUAUACCAGAAUCCGCUCGUUGGUUACUCUCAAAAGGACAUAAAAAUAAAGCAAAAAAAUUAAUUCUCAAAGCGGCCAAAGAAAAUAAUGUAUCGUUGCCAGACGAAUUACUUUAUGAUCUCCUAGAUGAUGACAUUAAUAACACGGAAGUGAAGGAAAAUAAAGAUUCGGUAUUCGAUUUGUUUCGUUAUCCAAAUUUGAGGCGUAAGACUUUAUUAAUAUUUUUUGAUUGGUUUGUCAACUGCGGUACAUAUUAUGGUCUGUCAUGGAAUACUAGCAAUUUAGGCGGUAAUGAUUUAUUAAAUUUUGUGAUAUCUGGCGCCGUUGAAUUUCCUGCUUAUAUAUUUUUACUAUGUACAUUAAAUCGAUGGGGACGUAGAUCAAUUUUAUGUGGUUGUAUGAUAUUUGCUGGAAUAACACUUUUGUUAACUGCAAUCGUACCUGAAAAAGAAAAUUGGAUAAUUGUAGCUUUGGUUAUGUUAGGAAAAUUAUCGAUUACAGCAAGUUUGGGUACUGUUUAUAUAUUUUCAGCUGAACAAUUUCCAACUGUUAUACGUAAUGUUGGUUUAGGAGCAUCCUCUAUGGUUGCUAGAAUAGGUGGAAUAUUAGCUCCAUAUUUUAAUUUACUAGGAGAAAUAUGGAAACCAUUUCCAAUGAUAAUUUUUGGUGGAAUGGCAUUUGCUGGUGGCUUAUUAUCACUCUCUUUACCAGAAACUUUAAAUAAACCGAUGUUAGAAACUAUAGAAGAAUGUGAAAACUUUGGAAAGAAAACAAAGAAUUUGGAGCAACACAUUAUUACAAACGCACAAAAUGGUCAAGAAUUAAAUCUUUUAAACAAUUUAAAAAAGAAUAUAAAUCAAAAUUCCUCCAAAGAAAACGUUAGGGAAUCAGUUCAUUCCAAAAAUGAUGAAAAAUAUUAA